AUGACCUCAUACUGCGAGGUGUGCCGUGGUCUUUUUGACAUGCCACACCACCACUGCCAAGAACAACACCAGCGCCACGACUGCCGCAGCGGCAGCGGCGUUAGAGACAACACAUACGAAGCGGCGCCGUCCAUCCGCACAAGUCUGACACCACCAGCCGCGCAUCAGCGUCGCCACGGCAGCAGCAGCCGCUGCAGCAGUCCUGCAUUCGCUGCUCGGAGGGGCAGCAGCAGCAGCAGUCCCGCUUUUGCCGUUGGUAGGAGGUGCAGCAGCAGCAGCCAGCGGCUCCACCGGAGCGCCCAACGCCAGGCGUCGCCGUCGUCGUCAUCACAGGUCUCACUGGCCGCUGUGCAGGAGAGCGCCUCGCGGCGGCGAACGCCGUCGCUUCCGUGCGCUGCUGCUGCAGAACGCGACACGGUGAGCUCGCUGCUUCGUAUGGGUCCAGCCGCAUGUGCGAGCGAGUUGGUGCGCACUCCCAGCCGAUGCCGCCUCUCGCAGCAGCAGAGCCGCGGCACACGCUCGAGCCGUCGUUGCGUGCGAAGCAGGAAUCAUGACGACACCAUUCACGGCGACAUUGACGAUACUACCGGACACCAUCACCACCAACACCGUCGGCGGCGGCAGAAGCAGCAGUCCCAACACAGGGAGGAGAUGUUGUCGUCAGGGUCUGGAGGGGCAGCUGACGCCCACAUGGCGCAGCGUUUGGAGGGCCUGCAGGAGACACUGGAGCGCAUCCGUGAGGCGGUGCGCCGCGACACUAACACAGACAUUCAAAACAGGCCGGCUGUAAAUGCGGCUGAUCUUCCUCGCCCUGUUGAUGAUGAUGAUGAUGAUGAUGAUGAUGGCGGUGGUGGCGGUGACAGUGUCAGCGGCGAGGCGUUCCUGGCAGCCCCCUGGCGUCGGGGAAGCAGCGGCGCCGAAGAGGCGUCACCAGGGCGCACUCCCUACACUCCUGCAGGCGAUGCGGCUGCUGCCACUGUUGAUGCAGUGCUUGCUGCAGAUAAUAUCGAUGCGCUGCCGUGGAUCCGUGGGCUCAGUUUUGCCACCGCGCAGAGCACCCCACCAUCCGUAGCAGCAGCAGCAGCAGCAGCAGCAGCAGCACCUGAGACUGUGAAGCUGCGCACCGAUAGCAGGCAUGGCGGUUUCGUGCCGCCGCCACCGCCGUCAUCAUCGUUGCUGCGGCACGACAGGGAUUACACGUCGCGGCAAUGCGUGCCACUCUCGAGUGCGGGCCCGCCUCCAGCCGGGGCACACGCAGCUGGGACACAGACGUCCGACUUUCAGACGUUGACGUCACCAGAGGGUGAAAUCUUUCAGUCACCAUCCUCUGUGAGCCCGAGUGGGGGAAAAAACAACAACGACAGCAGCAGUAGCAGUAUCGGUAUCGCUGCGCACGCCAGACACGACACUACCGCUCCAUUGGUACAUAUUGAGACGCUUCGCGGGGGCUUUGUGGAGCUCUGCGGCGCCGUGCGAGAGGACCUGCAUGCGUUGCAUGCUCGUGUCAACGAUCUUCAGAAACAGCAGCAGUACCAGGAGCAGCAGCAGCAGCAGCUGUUGUCAAAGAGUUUGUUGAGACAGCAAGGAGCCGGAAUACAAGACAAGGCUGCCGACACGUUGGAGCAGCCGUCUAUCGCGCACGACAAGUUGCUGGCCGAGCUGCAGCAGUACACCGUCUCGAUGGUACACAAGGUGCUGCAGCAGCAGCAGCAGCAGAUGGGGCGUGUCGUGAGUGCCGGCGGUGCUGGAACGGUGAGCACGGAGCCGGUGCCCUUUGCUUCCGCCCUGUCGUCUCCACGGUACGCCAAUCCCACAGGCGACGUGUACGGCCUGUCGCCAGAGGCGCUCGACGCACACAUACGUUCAGCCGUCCGGUGUAUUCUGCACGAGGACGAGUUUCGGCGUGAGGUGGAGGGAAUGUUUGCGCAGCAGCAAGGGCUUCGGCGCGACAUGAAGACAUCACGGCGUGAGUGGGGCCGCCGCUGCGACGCGCUGGAGGAGCAGAUCGCUUUGCUCGCGGGGGCCGUGCAGUCAACACAGCUUGACGUGGAGGAGCUGCGAAUACAGCCCGUGUCACCACCACCACCGCAAGCACUGCCAGCCGCAACAUCAGCAGCAGUAGAAACCGCAGCACCACCGCCAGUUCCUGUGAUGCCGCUGACCGGCGCUGGGGAGUCGUUUAUUUCCCCCCGCACAUCGAAGGCCGCCGUCGCUGCUAUGGCGCCGGAGGUGUGGGAGGAUCGACUGCUGCAGCGCGUGCGGCGACUCCUCGUGGGCGUGGAGGAGCGGUGUGUGCAGCGGGUCCGCGGCGAGGUGAUGCAGCCGCUUCUCGAGCACGUGCGGCGGCUGAUGUCCGCGCACCAGGCGAUGAUCGAUACCGUCGUGGAGAACCGCUGCGCGCAGUUCGAGGCGUACGUCGACCGCGGUCGCCACGGGUGGGAGCAGCAGGUGACGGAGCUGCGUACACGCCUCAACUCCCUCCGCGGCGACGUGCACAGCGCGCUGCGGAAUCUUAGCGAGAACCUUAACGUGGCGUGCCCAGGUCUGUAA